AUGUCAGAAGAACCAGAUCACAGAGUUUCAUUCCCAGACCACCCAGCCUCCACCUUCCUGGCCUUCCUGAAGUCCCAGAAGCACCCAUCUGUAACCCACUUAAUGGAUCCCAGACCUCACCUUGAGCAUAGUGAAGACCUGACCAGCUCUGGUGUAGUUCCACUCGUUGUCCUGAAGGCACCUGGACUUCCUCCCCAUAUUUCUCAGCUGACCUUGGUGUGGGAGUUAAACAAGAUGAAAGGGCUGAUGCUUGAGGAACUUUGGCUAGAUGGGAACCCCUUGUGCGACACCUUCCCAGACCAGUCCACCUACAUAAGUGCCAUCAAGGAUUGUUUUCCUAAGUUGUUACGUCUGGAUGGCCAGGAGUUAUCCCCACCAGUUACUUUUGAUAUUGAUACACCCUACUUAAUAAAGCCCUGCAAGGAAAGCUACAAAGGAUCUGAGAUACUGAAGAGUCUAGUCUUGCAAUUCCUGCAGCAGUACUACUUGAUGUACGACUCUGGAGACCACCAGGGUCUCCUCGGUGCUUACCAUCAUGAGGCCUGCUUCUCCCUGACCAUUCCCUUCAACCCGGAGGACCAAGCCCCAAGCAGCUUGUGUGGGUACUUCAAGGAAAGCAGGAAUAUGAAGAAGCUCAAGGACCCCUGCCUGUGGGUUCAGCUGCUGAAGCAUACAAAACGUGACAUUGUGUGCUCCCUCGGUAUGCUGCCCAAAACUCAGCAUGACCUCAGCUCCUUUGUGGUGGACAUGUGGUUCCAGACGGAGAUGAUGCUCUGCUUCUCUGUCAAUGGGGUGUUCAAGGAAGUGGAAGGAAGAUCUCAGGGUUCUGUUCGUGCCUUCACCCGGACCUUCAUUGUUACCCCUGCCAGCAAUUCCAGUAUAUGCAUCGUGAAUGAUGAGCUGUUUUUGAGAGAGGCCACCCCCAGUGAGACUCAGAGUGCGUUCUCCAUCCGAGUGCCUACACCCACCUCCAGCUCCAUGCCCACCCUCUCCCAGGAGCAGCAGGAAAUGGUGCAGGCUUUCUCCACUCAGUCUGGGAUGAAACUCGAGUGGUCUCAGAAGUGA